AUAUGUUGCGGGGAAAGCGAGCGGUUUGUGUUCUGUUCUCGCUUGGCACUUCACGGAGGGAGACAGGCAGCAAUAAUACAAAUAAAAACAGCAAUACAAACAACUCGCGUGUUUCUUCUUCUCGUUUCAGACCGUGUCUGGAAUUAGUUUGCUUCCCCCCCUUCUUCUCUCCGAACCAGUCGUGGCAAACUAAAAGCCUCGCUUUGCACUACGGGAUCUCGGUAGGUCCUCAAAUGAAAGAUCAACUGCGACUCAAAACUUCAGAAAUAGAAAUGUCUGCGACCAUCCUGUCCGGUUUCUACGACAUCGACAUGCUCUACAAGGACAAGAGUCUGAACAUGAACGCUCUCCAUCUCAACAGUAUGUUGGACAAGAAAGCGGUGGGGGCGCCGGUCACGGCCUCUGCUCUCGCCAACAACUGCACAUACGCGCAGGGAUUUCUCCGGCGCAACUCCGCGAGCAACGUUGACUGCACAAACAACGGCAACAAGUACUCAGCGACAUGCUACAGCAACAUGAAGGAGAGCUCGGCCAGCACCGCCAUCAUGAACAAGGAGAACAAGUUCCGUGAGCGCGCGUACAGUGAGACGGGCGAGCGCAGUCAGCAGCUGCAGGCGCUGCAGCAGAAGCCCGGCUCGCAGAUCAACUCGACCCGCUACAAGACCGAACUAUGCCGACCUUUCGAGGAGAACGGCGCCUGCAAGUACGGCGAGAAGUGCCAGUUUGCGCACGGCUACCACGAGCUGCGCAGCUUGUCUCGCCACCCCAAGUACAAGACAGAGCCGUGCCGCACCUUCCACACCAUCGGCUUCUGUCCGUACGGCCCGCGCUGCCACUUCAUCCACAACGCCGAAGAGCGCAGACCCGCGCCGGCCAACGCCAACACCAGCGUGCCGCCCGAACUGAAGGCGAGCCGGGACCCGAUUCAGCAACAGGCUGCUGUCGCUGCUUUCCGAGACAGACCCAAACUCCACCACAGCCUCAGCUUCUCAGGCUUCUCCACACAACAUGGACUGGAUUCUCCUCUCACUGAAAGUCCCACAUCCCGCACUCCUCCGCCGGCUUCUUCCUCCGACUCUUGCCGAUCCAGCGGGCCUUUUUUCGAAGACGUUUUAGCGCCGAGCGCUAACGGCGCCUUCUCCUCGUUCGCCACUGCGCAGGACCUGAAGGCGCUGCUCGCUCCUCUCGCCGUGCACGCACAUGGCGGCUACCAGUCAAACCCCGCUUACUACAGCAACUUUCAGACCGCCAUGGGACCCCCUUCCCCGCCCUACAGCAGCCUCGGGCACUUGCAGGCCCUGCAGCGCCUGUCCGAGUCGCCGGUGUUCGACUCGCCCCCCAGCCCAUACGACUCCAUGUCGGACCGCGACAGCUACGCCAGCGGCUCUUCAGGAAGUCUCAGCGGCUCCGAGUCGCCCAGCUUGGAGGCCGGGAGACGUUUGCCAAUCUUCAGCAGGCUGUCGAUUUCUGAUGAUUAAAUGUUAGCGUGGUUGUUGUGGGGUGGGGGUGUUUCUCGUUAUUUUGGUUUGCUUUGUAUGGGAUUUUGCCCCGUUCUUUAUUUCUUUAACGGACUGGAGGACUUCCUAAAGUUAACCGUUAUUAAAAUGGCGUCUCAUCAGCGACGUGUAAACUAGACGGACUUUAAAGAAACAACCAAGGGCAGGCGACUCGUCAGAGCCUUGGUGUGGCAUUAGAGGGUUUCCCCCCCCCGUAUUUGUUUCAUUUUUUUCUGCUCGAACCGAUAGCUAUGAAAGUAGAUAUCGACCGAAGGCAUUCCACCGGUGACUUUGACCAGCAUACAGUCGCAGUGUUUUGGCUUAUGAGACCAUCACACUUUUCCGGAGACAUGGGUUUUUGUGCACAAAACUUUUGAACGUGAAAGAUGGGGAGAUUUAAGAUGUCUCUUUUUUUCUCUCCCCCCCCCCCUCCAAUCCUACCAAGAAUAUGCCUUGACAAAGUUCGCAAAAUAGCCUGUAUGCGCUUCUGUAAGCUUAAAAAAAAAAAAAAAAAAAAAAAAAAAAAAACUUCCAUUCCAAAAGUUGAAGCAGUUUUGUCAGUCACAGCGACACCCAGUGGUUCGGUUGGGUUAGUUUAGUGUUGUUGCUUAGCUGAAGCACUCUUGUUUGGUCUGUUGGGAAAAUCACUGCUGAUGGUUGAAUAUAUUAUAUAUAUUUUUUUAGCUGUUUUGAGCGAUUACAUAGCAGUACAUAACUGGCUAUGACCUAUUUAACUUAUUUAUUAUCUUGUGAAAAGUAUAGGAUACAUUGGUAAUUGUGUCCAUACUGUAUUUAUCAAGUAUGUUGAAGCAAUAGAUCUAUAUUCUUUUAUUAUGUUUAAAUUAUGAUCGCCAUUAUUAAUCUACAUAAAGUGGAGUGUAUGUUCUUUUUCACAGUAAUAUAUUUUUGUUUGGUCUUUCUUUUGUAACUUCACUUCGUUAUUUUAUUGUAAAUGAGUAAAAAAAAAAAAACUUAAUUUAAGAGAUUGUAUGUGAUAUUUAUUUCAUUAAUUUGGUUUCCUUGUUUACGUACAUUUAAGAAAAAAAACCAUUUGCUUGAUUUGCCGUUUGUUGGUAUGUUGACUUUUUUUUCCAACUUCUUUUUGAAAAUCCAUAGAUGUGUCUCUUUUUUUUUUUUAAUUUAAUUUUUUUUAAGCUAUGUCUAUAGAAUGUAUAAACCAUGUGGUUGUCAAAACACCGUCCAGACUAGUAGUGAUCAUUCUUUAAGAAGUCAGACUUGUGUGACAAUGAUCCCAAGUGAAUAAAUUAACCAAAAAAGUAUUUUCUUUUCUUUUCCUUUCAUUGUAAUGCACAGAGCCAGGCUAGGACUCAUGCCACGUGCUUUUGAGAAUGUAGCAACCCCAAGCCCCAGUAUUACUGCCUUAGUGCCUAAGGGGUCCACCACCAUACAUGCCUUAUUAUUAACCAAAUAAAGUAUUUUGAUACAAGUCAUUGUUUUACACAUACAGAAACUGAAUGUAGGUUUGAAUUUGAACUUUCUGGAAGGUGGUUACCACUUGUCAAAAGAGGGGCCUUGGAGCAACCAGCAAAGACCCCCCCCAACCUUUUGUUUCUUUGAAACUCCCCAUUCCUAUAGACUUUAGUUGGAUUCUUUGUUUUCUUGAUCGCCUUUUGAUAUGGUAUUGGUCUAAGGGUUCUGAACUUGCUGGACAGAGAAAAGGUUGGAACAAUGCUUGUACAUAGUAGGUACAGGGGCUGGGCACUAUGUACAUUUUCUUGACUACUUUAUCAGAAGUAAAGCUUUUUGAAUGUAACUUAAAAUGGACAAAAAAGACGACGAGUUAUACUUGUUUUUUUGUGGGUUUUUUUUUUUUUUUUUUUGAGGGGGGGGAUGUCGGGGAGUCAGUUCACUACAAGUUGCUUGUGAGACUGUUAACUUUGUACUGUAAAUUUUUUUGUAGUUCUACCAAUAAAAUUAUUUGGAAAAAAUA